CACCUCGCACUCUCAGUUUCACCGCUUGAUCUUGGGACCCACCGCUGCCCUUAGCUCCGAGUCCCGGGCGAGCGCAGCGCAGUGCACAGCAGAGCAGAGUGGGCGAAGGACCCCGGGCGCGGGCGCGGACGGCACGCGGGGCAUGAACUUGGAGGGCGGCGGCCGAGGCGGAGAGUUCGGCAUGAGCGCGGUGAGCUGUGGCAACGGGAAGCUCCGCCAGUGGUUGAUCGACCAGAUCGACAGCGGCAAGUACCCGGGGCUGGUGUGGGAGAACGAGGAGAAGAGCAUCUUCCGCAUCCCCUGGAAGCACGCGGGCAAGCAGGACUACAACCGCGAAGAGGACGCAGCGCUCUUCAAGGCUUGGGCACUGUUUAAAGGAAAGUUCCGAGAAGGCAUCGACAAGCCAGACCCUCCCACCUGGAAGACACGUUUACGGUGUGCUCUCAACAAGAGCAAUGACUUUGAGGAACUGGUUGAGCGGAGCCAGCUGGACAUCUCAGACCCGUACAAAGUGUACAGGAUUGUUCCUGAAGGAGCCAAAAAAGGAGCCAAGCAGCUCACCCUGGAGGACCCGCAGAUGUCCAUGAGUCACCCCUACACCAUGACAGCGCCUUACCCCUCGCUUCCAGCCCAGCAGGUUCACAACUACGUGAUGCCACCCCUUGACCGAAGCUGGAGAGACUAUGUCCCUGAUCAGCCGCACCCGGAAAUCCCGUACCAAUGUCCCGUCACAUUUGGACACCGCGGCCACCACUGGCAAGGCCCAGCUUGUGAAAAUGGUUGCCAGGUGACAGGAACCUUUUAUGCUUGUGCCCCACCUGAGUCCCAGGCUCCUGGAAUCCCCACAGAGCCAAGCAUAAGGUCUGCCGAAGCCUUGGCGCUCUCAGACUGCCGGCUGCACAUUUGCCUGUACUACCGGGAAAUCCUCGUGAAGGAGCUCACCACGUCCAGCCCCGAGGGCUGUCGGAUCUCCCAUGGACACACCUACGACCCCAGCAACCUGGACCAGGUCCUGUUCCCCUAUCCAGAGGACAAUGGCCAGAGGAAAAACAUUGAGAAGCUGCUGAGCCACCUGGAGAGGGGUGUGGUCCUCUGGAUGGCCCCGGACGGGCUCUAUGCGAAAAGACUGUGCCAGAGCAGGAUCUACUGGGACGGGCCCCUGGCGCUGUGCAACGACCGGCCCAACAAACUGGAGAGAGACCAGACCUGCAAGCUCUUUGACACGCAGCAGUUUUUGUCAGAGCUGCAAGCGUUUGCUCACCACGGCCGCUCCCUGCCAAGAUUCCAGGUGACUCUGUGCUUUGGAGAGGAGUUUCCAGACCCUCAGAGGCAAAGAAAGCUCAUCACAGCUCACGUGAGUCCUCAGUUACACUCGUACUAUGCACACAGGCUUCCUGUUCUUUAUAAAGAGCAGAGUCUCAUUUAGAAAAGUCCCAAGUGAAAAGUAAAUGUCAAACGACCUGGAAGAAUAAGCGCAACCCUUAAAGUGGUGAGGAAGGAAGCGUGGUCCAGUGAGCAGCAGUGUGGGGACCCAUGUGCUCCUCCCAGACUUGAGAUCUACUCAUCAAAGAACCAGGGAGGACAGCCCCAAUGGAGGGUCCCACCCUCCCCAUCUUUUUUGUUUUUCAGGAAAGUUGUCAUAUUUCCAUUUUAUGGGAAUCGAAAAAGAGUGAUGGUGAAAGCUGCCCUUUAAAAUUCUCCAUGUUAAGACUGCUUGGAGAAUGCUAUCUAGCUAGUGGAUCUUCAAUCAGUGGAAAAGCUUUUCCCAGAUGGGAAGCUGUCCAUUCCUUGGAGGCCUUUUUUACGUCUCUGGAGAUGUGUCCUAGCACCUGUUUUAUUUCUGGAAUUUUAGAAAUUAUUUAAUCAUUGGGUAUAUGAUAUUUCAAAGAUGCUAAAUGUUUCAAGGAAUUCAAGUAGCUCAGAGUCGCAUAAUGGUCUCUAGCAUAGUUCAGGAUGGGUUCAACUGUGGCAAGUCAUGCUAAAGGGUUAGGGUUAGGAUUUGGGUUAGAGUUUUCUUUUUUAUGAGAAAAUGUUUCUGUAGAUAAGAUGAAGCAUUACUUUGCCAUACAAAACAGAAUCUUUAACCCUUAAGACUUUUGAAUUUGAAAACUUCACAUUGCUACAAACUUGCAAUUGUUAUUAAUAGGCUUGGAUAGUGAGCAAUACCAGAUAAACUUACACCCCAUCGCAUCAAAAUUCCCAUCAGAUUCUAGGUCUGAUGUCAUUUCUCAUUGAGAACUGAAAUGAAAUAUGAUUUAAUCUUGAACAUACAACCCCCCCUUCUUGAUUUUAAAAACAAAGACCGACCAACCAAUAUAUAAUCCCAUAGACUCAGGAGUUUUCUCAUGAGUUCUCUCCAGUGAUUGACUUAAUAAUUGAUGUGAUUGUUGAAAUAAUAACUGAUAUGUUGUUAACAAUAGGAAUUGCCAAAUUACUGAAUAAACUUGGCAUUGAUAAGCAGCAUUUAAGAAGCUGAUGAUCAGCUAUCACAUCAAUCUAAUUUUAAGGGUGACUUGUAUGCAAGUUCUGGUCCUCUAAGUGAGGCAAAGAUGGAUCCCAAGAUGAUCCCUCAUCCUAAAGACAAAGCUGUGUGGUCCAUAAUAUGAAUAAACACACUUGUACACCUAUGAGUUCCACUUUUAAAAAUUAUUAAUUAAUUUCAGGUACUUACAUAGGAGUUUUGCUUAGGUCGUUAUAUAUAAAAUACAAACUCUAAUAGCAUGAUUGAUGGAGAGCAUUCAGCUUGCCUUAGAUGCUGUCAAUUCAGGAAAAGCUGAACAUCAAGGUGUUUAGUUUUGUCUCGUUUUGUUUUAUUUGGUGAGUGUGAUCCGUGCUAAUAACCAGACAGGAUAAAUUUGAGCCCAAUUAACUUCUUUUUUCCCGCAAUAGUAGUAGUGUUGUUGUUGAACUUUAUUUUCUUUUUCUUUUAUCUCUGGUUUAGAAUUAUACAGAUUACCUAGAAAGCAAAUCAUUCAGGAUGAGUUCCUUGUUUCUUUCAAACUGCAGUUGUGGAAAAACAAAAUCAUUGGUCAAGAUGACCCUGCAGAUGACCUCAGACUUCCUUUUAAUUUGAUCACUUUACUUGAUUUGAUUCAGUUUUAGUUAAAUGUACAUUUUAAGUGGCAGUUGAUUUGAAAGUAGCAGUUUUAACCCAGAAUUAAGUAGCUUUGUCCACUUCUUUACAGGUUGAUCUAUGGAAGGACUAACAAAAAAUUCCUUCUUUAGAUGGCUCCAAAUAUGUUUUAAUGUGUUCUAGCACGUAACUUUGGGCUUCCCGUUACUGUCUCCUUAGAAUCUGAGUGCUAUUUAAUAGUGAGCCAGUUGCAGGAUAUCUCAGUAAUGUCUUUUUAAAAUCUCUUAUUAAAGGUAGAACCUCUGCUAGCCAGACAGCUGUAUUAUUUUGCUCAGCAAAACAGUGGACAUUUCCUGAGGGGCUACGAUUUACCGGAACACAUCAGCAGUCCAGAGGAUUACCACAGAUCUGUCCGCCAUUCCUCC